UCCAAUAAACCGAUACGUAGCGGGGUGAACCUGCCGCGGCUGCGAUGGGACGAGCUCGGAGAAAUGACAGCUUGUGCAGGAAUUUAGGCUGAACUGCAUCCAGCCUCAGACAGGACCGCAAACUGUGGACUCGGUCGAACUAUGUGACAGCUGGCAUUUCUCCCCUCGGCGGCAUUCUAUCUUUUUAUUUUUCAUUUAUUUAAAUUUUUGAAAUUUUUUUUGCUCAUUUUUGAGAAUGGAUCCGGUGAAAUGGGCGCAAAAGUUGACCCGGCGGUGUCCUCUGGAUGUGCUCAAACUCGACUCGAUGUGAUCGCCGGUGGAAAUGCUACCUCUGUGAUCGGGACGGUGAAGUAAUUUGCAGCUACGAGAAGAGGAAGAAGAGGAGGAGGAAGGGGGAGAGAAAUAACGGGACCGGGUGUGAGGGAACUAACGGAAUUACCUCUGUGACCGGAGAACUGUGCGAGCCGCCGUUUUAUGCUGAAUUUCUACCCGGAGACGCUCCCCAGUGAAAUUGUUUUCUAGGUAGACUUGCUUUUUUUUGCAUGUUGUUUUGAUUUUGUCGCCUAUAAAUAGACCACAAUCCAUGUUAGCUAAUUGCUGCACGAACCUUUAAUCCGUAAAUGUAGGCUAUAAAAGCGUCCAGUAUGACGCUGUCAAAUCGCUGAAAUACACUUUUUUCCCUUUUUUUUGCGGAUUAAGCGGACAUUUACGCAGCUCCACAGACUGACAGCGUCACCUUAGCUGCCGCUGUCCGCAUCCACAACAUUUGUCAUUAUGAUCCUCGCCCAGGGAUUAGAUUUUGAUGACAUAAAGAAUUACAUAAAAAGAGAAUCUGACGCCAACAUGUAACAUUAGUAGUUUUUUGUGAAUUAUUUAGCUGAACCUCUCCAUGCGCACACUUCCAAAUGGAUGCAUGUGGCCAAAAGGCACAAUCUGUUCUGUCUUUUUUAUGUUUGUGUGUGAAAAAGCACAUUUUAGAAGCAGUGACUUGUCAUUUGGCAGCAUGAAAGCAUCAUUGCACGGAUAAGUCAAGUUCGGGCACCUGAGCUGGCUUUGGUGAAGUUGCUUUUACGCACCGGAAAGCAUGCGUCCUGCAGAUAUGAAGAUGAUCUAGGCCUCGUUUUCUUCAUUUUUUAAAAUUAGUUUUGGAGCAAAGAUGCAUGGCUUUUUGUUUUUUGUAGUAAACGAGACAUUCUGCUGUAUAUAAAAAUCGCUCUUCUGCUUAUUUUCGGGGUGAGGGGAACAUGAUGUGGAUCCAUCUGUGGUGAUAUUCUCUUGCUGUUUCCAUGCGUCUUUCUUCUCCCCCAGAACUCUGGACGUUGUUGUGGAUUGUGUUGCUAUUUAAUGCAAUGGGCUGCAUCCAGAGUAUCAGGUGUAAGCCCAAGAGUUUCCGAGACAGUAUCAUCGUCCUGGAGCUGAACACUUCCAUCGACUCCAACCCCACCAGCAUCGACGAGGCUUCCAGCGUGGUCCUGCGCUACCGCACGCCGCAUUUCCGAGCCAAUGCCCGAGUCCUGGUGCCGCCAGUAGCCGCUAAAGAGACGUGGACCAUCGGCUGGAUUCAGGCGUGUAAUCACAUGGAGUUCUUCAAUACGUAUGGGGACAAAGGGAUGUCAAGUUGGGAGCUCCCCGACCUGCGUGACGGCAAAAUCCCAGCCAUCAGCGACUCCGACGGUGUCAACUACCCCUGGUACGGCAACACCACAGAGACCUGCACUGUUGUAGGCCCCACCAAGAAGGACAGCAAAUUCACUGUUAGCAUGAAUGACAAUUUCUACCCCAGUGUGACCUGGGGAGUGCCGGUCAGCGACAGCAACGUGCCUCAGCUUAGCAGCAUCCACCGCGACCAGAGCUUUACGACCUGGCUGGUGGCCAUCAAUCAGGCCACCUCAGAGACUCUCGUCCUGCAGACAAUCCGCUGGAGGAUGCGCCUUCGCAUCCAAGUGGACCCAGAGAGGCCUCUGGGCCACCGGGCCGUUCUGAACGAGCCCGUGGCCCAGGAACAGCCCCAGAUCCUGGGCAAGAACGAGCCCAUCCCCUCUAAUGCCAUGGUCAAGCCCAACGCCAAUGACGCCCAGGUGCUGAUGUGGCGGCCAAAGAACGGUGACCCCGUGGUGGUCAUCCCACCCAAAUACUGACCUGUUUCACUGACCAGACUGGCCUUGGAUACCUUAACAGUAUCAUCCCUUCUUUCUUUUACUCCUGCUCUUCACCAGCUGUCACUGCUUUAACCUUUCUUUGAUAUUUAUUUACACCCUUUCUUGCCUCUCUAUUCUUCUCUCAUGCUUUAAAAAAGACUGAGAAGAAAACAGGCAAAUGAAACCAGCGCUGAGAAAAAGACCAGCUGUCGCUCUGAGGUGGGGGCUUGAACAUACUUUUAAAACUGGAGUGAACAAACUGCAACCAUUUCUACCUUCAGACUGGGUCGGAUCUCACUGUGCUAAAUUGCAAAAAUGAAAAACAGAGUGUUUUGGGAUUUUUAUUUUUACAUUUUUGCUGUUUGAGCCACGUGUGGGUGGAUUUAAAUAUUUACAUGACCAUGUCUGCGCACAUGCUACAUGCAUUGAUAUGCACAAACUUUGUGUAUGAAUACCAGUUGUGUUUUUAUUUAUGGGCUGGAAGAGAGUGCAUUUAAUUGUGUUUUGAUGUUGUUGUGUCAUUUACAUGACAAACCGCAUUGGGUGACAUAGUAAAUUUUAGUACUUUUUUAAAAAAAGAAACAUGCAAGACAUUCAAUCCAUGCUGCCUUAAGUUUACAUUGCUUUCCACUGCAAACUUUUUAGCCUUAAACGAAGUGCAAUGCAGUAUUUGAUCAUUUGUCCCGUUUCUUCCAGACUGUUGGUGCUGGCAUGUGUGGGUUUAGGACAGGAAACGCAAAAGAAGAAGAGCCAGGUCUCAAAUCCAGACUCAAAUCUGUUGUCUAACAAGUGUAACAGUGUGUUACAAAACCAAGCUAACCAGCUGAGUUUCAAGUGCAUUAUGGGACGUGCAGAGAAGUAAAGCCAACACUCGUCAGUAGCACUCAGCGCAAUAAUAUUAACAUGCAAGAACAAGUUCUACAAAAAUCUACUCAAAAGCACUCCACAGUCGACCUCAUGUCAGUCACUUUAUUCUGUUUAUAGCCUGUUGUAGAAUCCAACAGCACAAAACUAGUUUUCCUUUCCCUAUAUCACUCCAUCUCAGGGCCCUUUUCACUUCCUUCCCUUCUCUUUUUUCAACCAUCCUGUCCGAGUGAAUAAGCGUUGCUCACGUUGAACAAUCAAUACCUGCAUUAACAAGCAGUCACGGACAGAGGAAAUAACUUUUAAUAACUGGAGGACAAAAACAGCAACCCUCUUUUCUGUAAGACAAUCUCAUGCAUAUUGUACUUUUUAUCCCUCUUAAACUAUCCACUUUCCAGCUAAUUAAAUCCAAACAUCUGUCUCUCAUGUUAGCAGAUUUCUCUGUUUUCUGUCCCUCCUCCUCAAUCACCUCUAAUCUUCAUCUACACCAGUAUUUCUCCUCCCACUCCUCACUUCCUCUCCCCCUCCUUCUCUUUCGCUCACUUUUUAUCUGCUGUCGAGGCUGAAAAGCAAAGCAGGAGGCAUGCGAGUUUGAUGCCGACUGCUCGGUUGGCAUAUAGAUGACCCACUUCUCUGCCUUGCCAGUUGUAGCUCUCGCUGCAGAAAUGUGGGGCUUGUCUCCCUUUAUUUCACCGCCAGCGACUGUAAUACACACACACACACACACACACACACACACACGUACACGUAAACAAACAGCGGCUGAUAUCGACAUUCAAUGAAGUGACGCCCUGUAACUGUAAAUCUUAGAGAAGGGCGUCAGCAGCAAACACCUUUAAAAAGGAGAAGGAAGGAGGCAUCAGUCUUUCACUUCCUUAUUGAAAAUAAGAGUUCUGUACACAGUUUUUUUACUCUCAGAUGAAACAUCUUACAGGUUCAUUGUGCCCAGUCUUUGUGUCAAUGGGUGUUCGGCUCCAACCAAAGAAACUAUGUGCAAGCAAGUCUGAUCUGCUCAUGUAUUUUACAAAGCUCAGUAGUCUGCUACUGUUACAGUGUACAAACAUCUUCAGAAAGCAGCUAUCAGACCAGUUUUUUUGGGGGGGAUUUUCAGAAAUAAUUUCUUAUAACGCUGUUAAUAUGACAAACAUUUUUACCUGAAACUUAAAGGAAUAGUUCAGCAUUGUGGAAAACAUCUUCAUUUGCUCUCUUGCUGAGAAGAAUGGCUCUUGCAUAUCUGUUUGCUAAAUGUGAAACUGCAGUCAGCAAGUUGUUGAGCUUACAACUGAGACUGGAACAAGAGGAAAAAGUGACAAACUCACCUACCAGCGCCUCUGAGUCUCGCUAACUUUCCUCAUUGGUUUGCUCUGUACAAAAACAGAAGUAUGAAAAUGACUGUAUCUUUAUAUUUAGCACUCAGCAGUGAGAAUAAUGACAAUCUUCUCGUCUAACUCAUGAUGAGAAUGCGAACAAGACUGUUUUCUGAAAUGGUGAAACGUUUCUUUGUGCAAGGCUGAAAUGGUUUCUAGAAUAAAUUCAAACGUACACUAGCGCAGUAGAAUUGUAACGUUAUGCUCUGCAGUCUGUGGAGAAUCUGUUGGCUGAAGGCUCUGCAAUUAAAAGUCGCAUAAUAUCCAGCUGAA